CGUUGUACAUCUUAGACCUCGAGGGUGUUCGUCUUCACUCAGGCUAGGUCUCUCCCUUUGCAACACCAGCAUUGUCACUCUCGAUUUUUCCUUCGCAUAUCGACUCACCGACGAACAAGCCUUGGUCGUCAAGACUCGUGACCGUCCAGCCAACGCAUGGCUUGUGGCAGGGCACAUCAUGCCUUUACACCUUCUCGGCAAGAAGUCAUGGAACGUGUACAAUCCCCAAAACAUCGCUCGCGUUCGCCGUGAUGAGGCCGCAGCGAAACUCGCCGAGGAGGCCGAGGAGCAGCGCAUGCAGGAGAUUGAUGCGCAGCGCCGCCUAGCCAUCCUGCGAGGCGAAGAGCCGCCCGCUUACCCUGACGAAAACGAAGCAAACGCCAUCUCCGAGUCGUCCCUCGUACGUGUAGCCGAGCCUGAACACCUCGAGACCAGGCGUCCGCGAAAACAGCGAAAGAGGUCCGGCGAAGACGACACCGACUUUGAACUACGACUGGCACGAGAGCGAAACGAAGCGCCCGCCACCGCCUUCGAGCAGUCCCGGAAGCCUACGAGCUCGGCACCCAUCGUCGAUCAUGCCGGCCACAUCGAUCUCGUCGGCGAUGAAAAGGCAAGAGCACAUGCGGAGAAAAACGCAGAUGCGGAAAAAGAGGCCCAUGCAAAGCGCCGGGAGAUCGAAGACCAGUAUAGAAUGCGCCUCGCCAACGCGGCUGGCAAGGGCGGAGUGAGCGAACCCUGGUAUUCUCGGCUAGACCCUACUGCCAUGGCAGUACCUCCCAAAGACGUCUGGGGCAACGAGGAUCCAAGGCGCAAGGAACGACAGGCGCAGCGGUUGGUCGCUGACGACCCACUGGCCAUCAUGAAGCAGGCAUCGGCCAAGAUACAAACGCUGAAACAGCAGCGUAAAAAGAUUGCGGCGGAACAAGAAGCCCAGUUUCGACAGGUCUGUAAGGAAGAGAAGCGUCAGGAAAAGGAGAAACGAAGGGAGGACCGCGAGAAGAGACACAGACGUCGAUCAGGCUCACGCUCACGUUCUCGUUCGCCACGCCGAGAGUCGCACCGACAUCGUCGAGACCACCGUGGCAAUGAGCACGGGAACGACCAUGAACGGAAGCGGCAACGAGAUGAGCGGCACCGAGAUGAAGACUACGCGCGACAAAGUUCACUUCGGGAUCGUCACCAUCGUGGCGGGGAGUACGGAAGCGACCAUAAAGAGAAGAGGCACCGCGGCCACGAGCACGCGAACCGACAUGGUUCUCGCUCCCCUGAGCACAGAUUGCGACAUCACAGACAUGACUAACGAUGAGAUACCCAAGGCGUAAAGUACGCGCCAAUGAAUUGAUCCGCACUUUGCUGUAAUGACCCAAAUACCUUGGUGUUCCCCCCCAUAUCAGCCGCGUCGUAAGGGUAUCACUUUUCCGUCCAAGGCAGCUUUAUCUCCACGGGCCGCAUGUCCUUCUCUACCAUGG